AUGCGCGCUAAAGAGUUGCGUGGUACAGCACACACGGAGAUGACACCUGAUGUUGGACCUAAACAUUCUGAAGUGGGAGUGUCGGGGUCGGGGAGCGGGGAGGAGCCAGUAGCGGCCGACCAACCGGCGGCGGCGGAUACCAUGGUCAAGAGACGUGCGUCGGACGAAGCAGCGGCGGCGGCGACAAAGAUACAAGCAACGUUCCGGGGGUUCAAGACGCGACAAGAGAUGAAGGACGUUGACAGAGCCGCGGCUAAGAUACAGGCGGGGUUCCGUGGAUACAAGGUGCGCAAGGAGAUGAAGAGGAAGGUGGAGAGUGAAGGUGAGACGUCACCGUCCCACGACGCCGAUCCUCAGACAGAACAAGCGGCGACCAAGAUACAAGCGGGAGUGCGGGGGUUCCUGGUGCGUCGCAGAGUCCAGCAUCAGCGAGCCAAACAGUAAGACACUCUCUGUGUACAGUAUUUUAUAUAUUUUAGUUAAUAUUCCAAAGAUAUGUUAGUAUAGCAAUAUUGCAGGUUGUGCCGUGUUUCAGACUGAACUGUCAGUUAGCUGUGUCUGUUGUUUGUUUAUUAAUAGUUGGAAGCCGAAAGCUGAUUUACCUUUCAGAUCUUUAUUUCAACAUGGGUGUUAUUAUUAUUGUUAUCUUUAUGUUUUGUUUAUAUUUUGGUUUGCACAAAAAAGUGGUUAAUCAUUUUUGGUAAAGUUUAGUUGAUGAAAAAAUAUGUGUUUUUUCAAAACCACGUCAUAUGGAAAACUUAGAAUUGUACAAGGUAAAAUUGCUUACUGUUCACUGCAUUUAUAAUAAGCAGGGGUGGAAAUAUUUCUAGUAAAUAAUAGGCACAGGGUGGUGUAAAACACUAUACGAGAGGUAAAAAAUGUUAAAAUUAAAGUCUGCACUAAAACACAACACAGAAACUUGGUAUCAACAUUUGGCUACCUAUGUAUACAUGCAGUCAAUGGAAUAUGUUUAACAGUGUAUACCCCUGAAUCUGUGUAGCUAGUCGACAUCUAACAAUGCCCAUGGUGCCUAGAAGUCAAAAGGUUCUUUUUUAUUGUGUACAUACACGUAUGUAUGCCAGGUAAAGAAUCUUUAUGGGAAAGCAUAAACAAACAUUUGGCUCAAGGAAAAAGAUUGAAGUUUAGAUAAAAAUAUUUGGCAGAAAAUUAAAUUUACAUUAAACAUCUGUUUCUAGAGUAUGUUCCAUCAGUAGGUAUUCCAAAUCUAUAAAUAUUCUUUAACAAAUUUAAUUUUCUCUUUCCAUUAAAUUGUCUAUAAAAUGUAAAAUUAACAAAAAUGCACUUCUAAAAUUACAUUCACUAAACACAACCAAAAUGUGAUAUUUAAGAGAAAAAUAAUAUUUAGUUAAAUAAAUUAAUGAAUUAUGAAAUGCAUUUUACCUACGACAGUUUUAAUUUUAUUUUUAUUUUUAUUUAAAGCAGCCGUUUCAGAUCAGUUCAUAGAAUUGAAAAGAUUCACACAACAGCAUUGUUUACUUACUUCGCAGCAUUGUUGUUUUAUUUAACAACACGGAUAAUGGACCAAUGAGGGUCAAAGAUUGGGAGAGAAGAAGUAAAUAUUGUAAUGCUUAGAACGUCAACUAAUCAGCUGUUUAGACCAAUUUUUAUUGUUGUUGAGUGGUGCGGUACAAUAAUUCGUUGCAUCACUGUCAGUGGCAAUGCGAGGUUAUAAACGAAAACAUAACCUCUCUUAGAAGUCACGAGUAGUGAUUGUUAUAGUAAUGAAAAACUGUCGUAGGCAAAGUAUAUGCAUAGUAUAUGCAACUCGCGUACAGUAAAUAGUCUUAACGACACUCGUAAAGGUUUUGAAGGCACUCUCCAAGCCUUGUAGCCUACCUUAAAUUUUCUACUCGUGUAGUUAACACUAUCUUUACACAAACUACUAUUACACUACAUUUUAAAAAUUAGAAAAAUAUGACUAAAUUUUAGCACAAACUUUAUACUGGUGCUAAAUCUUUUUAUACUGACUUGAAUAGCACAAUUAGGGAAACCUAACCCUGCCUAAUGAACCAAGUUGUUCCAAGUUUUGGGAAAACAGUAGAAGCCUAGAUUAUGAGAAUAUUACAAUCAAUUAUAAUGUGUCCAAAUAUAAAUCAUAGUAUCUAUCCCAUUUUUUUGUAUGUCUGUAGGUAGAAUAGUUAGUUGCAAACAAUAAAUAUUUACACUUAAACAAAUAUAACACUGUUAAAAUUGAGAGAUAUUGCUUUGUGGUUUUGAUUGAUAUUGGUUAUUGGUAUUAGUAUUGUUGAAAACAUUUUAAUUUUACUACUGAACUGUAUUUAAAAUUGUUUUUCAAUUAACUUUUUUGUCCAAUUAACUUAAGUUAUAAAAUUUCCUACAAACUUGUAAGAGUAUACUUUUUUCUAUGUUUAAAAAACAGCAAUAAACUUUAAUUGGUCCAAUAAAACUGUUUGAUACAACAAACAGACUCACUAAUACUUUGACUAGCUAUCUUAUUUCAAAUGUUCUAUCUCAAAAGUAGGUUUAAUGGUGAAAAAUGAAACAAUACAACAAGAAUAUAAAUUAUUUUGCCAAGCAGUUGACUCUUAAAACCAAUUGCAAAACUAUUUUUUUAUACGGUACCAUUCUACAUAACAAUGUUUAAGUUUCCGACAAAAUAAUGCAUUAGUUGUCAUAUGUGCAUAAUUACAUGUAUUGUUUCCAAAAGUUAUAAUUUAGUUGAUAAAUGUUUAUAGGAAGCAAUUGUUUGAUGAGGUUGAAGAGCUAGCUUGAUACUUUGGCACAAUUUUAUUGUAUUUACAUAGUGGUAAAUGAGGAGACAUUUUUCUAGAGCACUACGGCAUAUAGUGCUUGAUUUCCAAAAUAAACACAGGCUGCAUUUCACUGUGGUGUUAAUGUAGACACCAAUGUGUCAAAUGGAAAGAAAUUGCAAAACCUCUCAUAAUUUAUUUGCCCUUUGCACUACUUAUGUAAACUGUAAACACAGGAACAGUGACAUCACAACUCUGCUGGCUAGACAGUGGGAGUUCCAAAUACAGAGUAGGCCAACUACCUUCAUUUUCUUAUAAAUAACACUUGAUUAUGUAGUGUGGUUGAGGGAAGUAAUAAAAGGAAAAUGUUUGUCUUAUUAUAGAUUUGAUUAGUUUUAGUUUGUUGUCAACUUACAGCUUUACAAUAAUCACAUUACAAUCUGGUCCCAGACCCUGCUUGACUUGUUAUAUGUUACCUAUUAAUUUUAGGAUAGAUACUUUCUUUCAUAAGUACCCAGUUAUCAUUUAUUAACUAUAAUUUCAAAAAUUCAUCAUACUAUAGUAUAUAUUUUUCAAUCAUGUAAAUCUAUGUUAUGGUUAUAAAUGGAAUGAAAUGUAUAAUUGUUGUAAAAUUUAGUUAUCGUUAUGUAAACAGCCAUGGACACUGUUAUAGAAUCGCACCAAAGAUAAUUAUUUUAGGCGGACCAUAUCUAGGUAGACAUAUCUUAAUAUGUAAGAAAAAUCUGAAUUUUUUCGAUAACACUUAUGUAGCUAAGUAUAUUGACUUAAAUUGUUGUAAAUAUCCUUAUUUUUUCAUAUAGAAGGUAAAAUGUAUCUUCUUACUCAAUAAAAUAGAUAUGGUAACAACAUGUGAGUUAGAUUCACUGAAAACUAAGAGGAAUUCAUCUGGUUCUAUAAUGUCUGGUGUGCCAUUUGGCUUUGGCCUACGUAGUCUAGUUCAAGCCCAUUACCCAAUUACAAGAUUUGUUACUCUAAACUUGAAAUGUUUGAGAUAAUAUGUGCCAUUUGUAUGUAAUAAAAUAUUCUACUUUA